AUGAAGAGAAAUUCUCAACAAUUCCGUUCUAAAACUAGUAAUUCUAGAAAUCAAGGCUCCAAGUCUUUUUCAUCAAAAAAACAUUUAAAAUCCAAAUUAGAAAACAUUCUUGCAAGUCGAAAGAAGAGAAAAACGAAAGAAGAUGUUGAUGAAAUUCAUUCCGACAUUGAAGAAGAGGAAAAUUUUGAAGUCUCUCCUGAACAAUUAUUGAAAAAUCAGAAAGAGGAAGAAGAGGAACAUUUAAUUCGAGAUGCGAGUGAAGUAGCACCUCAAGAAGAAGACUCGGAAUUGACUGUUGAUGAAAAGAGAGUGUUGAAUGCAAAACAAUUUUUAGAAAAUUUGAAAGUUUAUGAAGAAGAUAAGGAAGAAGAAGAGGAUUUUAAGAGAAGAAUGGAUGGAGAGGAUCCAAUUGCUCAAGCUUUGAAACGAGAGGCUUUAAAAGCUAAAAAACAAAUUCCUUCCAUGUAUCACCAAUAUUUAGAGGAAAUGGAUUUUACAGAACCCUCUCGAGUCACAUUUUUGAAAGGUCACAAAAAAACUCCAACUUGUAUUGUGUUAAAUAAUAGUGGCAGUAACUCUCAACUUCGAGCGUUUACAGGAGCUAAGGAUGGAUGCAUUAUUCAUUGGGAUUUUACAACUCAAAAGAAAAUUUCAAUUACGAAAAAGGCACAUGAUAAUUGUGAGAUUUUGUGUUGUGCAUUAAGCUUUGAUGGAAGUAUUCUGGCAACUGGUGGAAGAGACAACAAGGUUCGACUGUGGGACACGAAAACCAUGAAACCCAUUGAUGUUUUUGAAGGACAUUUUAAACCUGUCACUUGUCUUGCAUUUCAAAUGGGUCACCAAUCCAACGUGCAUUCAUCUUCGAAUAACUCUUCAUAUGCUUUUCAAUUAUACAGUGGAUCUCUUGAUAGAACUGUUAAAGUGUGGGACGCAAGAGAUUUAACUUUUAUUGAUACAUUAUACGGACAUGAAAGUGAAGUUCAAGGAAUUGACACAAUGAUCACUCCACAUGCAGUGAGUUGUGGUAGUGAUGCCUCUCUUCGAUAUUGGAAAGUAGAAGAUGAAACUCAAUUAAUUUUUAAAAACUCUGCAAGCAAAUAUUCUGUUGACUGUGUGAAAAUGUUGAGAGAAAAUACCUAUGUGAGUGGUUCACAAGAUGGAUCUGUGAGCAUGUGGCUUAAAACUAAGAAGAAACCAAUUGUUCAUUUCGAGAAGGCUCACGGUGGAGAAUGGAUUAGUUCUGUGGGUGCAUUACGAUUUUCUGAUGUGGUUGCCACUGGAUCAUGUGAUGGAUAUCUAAAAUUAUGGAGAUGUGAUCCCAAUGCCAAGAUUUUGCAAUUGAAAAAUAACAUUCCUUUGAAAGGAUUUGUGAAUGGCAUUGAUUUUUCAUCGAAUGGUCAAUUUUUGACUGCAUGUAUAGGUCAGGAACAUCGUUUAGGAAGAUGGUUCAAAAAGAAUUCUUCUCCGAAUGAUUCCACAGAGAGUGUGAAAAAUGGAAUUGCUCUUGUCACCUUGUUGAGUGAUGAAAUGUUGGAAAAGGCACAACAAGGCAAUGGAGUUUCUAAAAGGCGAAAUGGUUUUCAAAACGGUCGUAAUGCCUCGGAGGAGGAAGAGGAGGAAUAUACUGAUUUGGCUCAUGAUGAAGAAGCUGGUGAUGAGGAUCACUUUUUUCUCUAA